GGUUUACAAGUUUCGUUGUAUGAUCACAUGAUAGUUGUCAGUAAACAAACGGGAGUAAAAUGGCGGAUGAUAUUUUGCCUCUCUUGGGCAGGCAGGAUGAUAAUUAUAAUACUUCUGAUGAUGAAGAAAGAAUGGAUGAUGAAAAUGAAGCUGCUAAUCAGAAUUCAGAGCAAAAUAAUCAACCGAAUGUAUCAUAUGAUACUUCACUUCCAACACAACAUUCUUAUUUAGGUACAGAUUUAGAAGAAUUGAGUGGGCGUACUGUUUUGGAUGACAACAGUUGUCAGUCAUUGCCUCUCCUUGCUUUACGUGGAGUGGUUUUGAUACCUGGUCAAACAUUACCUCUUCAACUUUUUCAGUCAGCAACAGUUUCAAUGAUGAAACAUAUUAUAGAAAAAGAUCGAACUUUUGGAAUGGUCAAUUUAAGAUCAGCAGGCUCAACUUCAGGAGGCCAGCCAUUAGCUUUAGUUGGAACUACAGCUGAAAUUAGAUCAUAUGGAGAGGAAAACCUUGAUCAUUUAAGCACACUGCGUGUAAAAGCUGAAGGCAGACAAAGAUUUCAAGUUUUAGAAACAAGACGUCAAGCAGAUGGGAUUCUUAUAGCAAAAGUUAAGAUUUUGCCAGAGAUAGUAUUAGAGGAUCCUGGUUGUGGAGCAAGAUUGGAAUCACUUGAUCGGUAUCGAAUUCCACCUCCACCUAAUUUAGAUCGUAUCACUCUACAAAUGCAGAGACUUGGCAAUACUUGUGUUCUGCUUCCCAAACCAAAUCGAAGAAAGUAUAACAGACAUGAUUUUGCAAACUAUACUUGGUGGCCUCCAUGGGUAUAUAAACAAUAUGAUUGUGAAAUUCUGAUGAACAGAAUAAGAAAUGAACUUCAAGGAUGGAAUCAUACAGAAGGUAUCCCACAGAAUCCUACAGAGUUUUCUUUUUGGGUUGCUGGUAACUUACCUCUAGAUGAUACUCUCCGAUUAAAUCUUCUUGCCUUCAAUAGUGCCAUUCAAAGAUUAAGAUAUGAGUUAAGCAUUCUUGAAAAAGUAAGUAUAAUAUAUUUAUAUUGAUGAUGAUACUUUUUAAUCAAAAAUAUAAAUGAAA